CAAUCACGCAUGCGCAAAAUAGCGGUGCAUCGUAAGAUGUCCUUUUAAUAACAUCCACAGUGUUCACUGCCUGUGUCAUCGCUGAGAGCUUUAUUUGCUGUUGGAGGAGCGGACAAGGAAGUAAUGAGUGGGGAACGUGAAAUCCGCACUCCUCAACCGGCCACAAAGAGAGAAACUAACGCACCUGUUCGGAACAUGGCUACUUCAUUGCCAGCCAGAUCCAUCACCAACAGUGAAGGCGAUGCCCUUCCCAACCUGCCCAGUCUUUCGUCCAGUGCGGACAUCAGGGAGGCUGAUUGUCCUGAGUGGCAGCAGUCCAAUCACAUCAAAAAGGAGGAGGAGGGGUUAUGUAUUAAAGAGGAAGACCAGGAGAAAUUCACCCAGGUUUGGCACCCUGAUGUAGAGGAUCCGUUUUGUCCGCCUCGCAUUCGGAAGGUGGAGGAAGAGCUGCUAUAUAUCAAAGAAGAAGAGGAGGACAUCACCAGCUUGAAAAGUGUCCUCUUGACGUGUGAAAAUGGAGGUCCAUUUAAGCUGAGUGGAGCGGAGGAGCCUCCGAGCAGCAUCUUAUCAGAAGAUGACAAAGACCACGGUGGAGAAACUUCAGCAGAUGACAUCAUAGGACCUAUAUUAGACAGUGACACGUCACACUCUUCUGACUAUGAUGAUGAUGAAGGGUCUGAUGGUCAGAAGAAUAUAGAUACAAGAAAGCGCCCUGUGCUGUGAGAAAAGUUCUACAUUGCAGUUAUUGUUCCGUCGAUUAAGUGUUCACUGCCUGUGUCAUCGCUGAGAGCUUUAUUUGCUGUUGGAGGAGCGGACAAGGAAGGAAUGAGUGAGGAACGUGACAUUCGCAUUCCUCAACCGGCCACGAGGAGAGACACUAAAGCACCUGUUCGGAACCUGGCUACUUCAUUGCCAGCCAGAUCCAUCACCAACAGUGAAGGAGAUGACCUUCCCGACCUGACCAGUCUGUCGUCCAGUGUGGACAUCAGGGAGGCUUACUGUCCUGAGUGGCAGCAGUCCAAUCACAUCAAAAAGGAGGAGGAGGAGUUAUGUAUUAAAGAGGAAGACCAGGAGAAAUUCACCCAGGUUUGGCACCCUCACGUAGAGGAUCUGUCGCGUCCACCUCGCAUUCGGAAGGUGGAGGAAGAGCUACUAUAUAUCAAAGAGGAACAGGAGGACAUCACCAGCUUAACCAGUGUCCUCUUGAAGUGUGAAAAUGGUGGUCCAUUUAAGCUGAGUGGAGCGGAGGAGCCUCCGAGCAGCAUCUUAACAGAAGGUGACAAAGACCACGGUGGAGAAACUUCAGCAGAUGACGUCACAGCACCAAUAUCAGACAGCGACCACGAAACGUCACACUCUUCUGACUAUGAUGAUGAUGAAGGGUCUGAUGGUCAGAAGAACAUUAACGGUGACACACACUGGAAAUGCACUCAGUGUGGUAAGACCUAUCGUUAUAGGUAUGAGUUGAAAAUGCAUAUGUCAAAACACACUGGUCAUAAACCUUUCCGCUGUUCAGAUUGUGGUAAGAGAUUCUCUCAAAAGGGACAUUUAAAUCGUCACGCAAGUAUACACACUGCUCAGAAAGCUUUCUGCUGUUCAGAUUGUGGGAAGGAAUUCUCUUCCAAGGGACAUUUCAAUCGUCACACAACAAUACACACUUGCGAGAAACGUUUCUGCUGCUCAGUUUGCGGUCAGAGGUUCUCUCAUAAGGGACAUUUAAAUCGGCACGCAAGCAUACACGUCGGUGAGAAACCGUUCACCUGCUCAAUUUGCGGUCAGAGAUUCUCUCAAAAGGCAAACUUAAACCGUCACGCGAGUACACACACCGGCGAGAAACGCGAAAAGCCUUUCUCCUGCUCGAUUUGCGGUCAGAGUUUUUCCGAUAAGGGAACCUUAAAAUAUCACACGAGAGCGCACAACGGCGAGAAACCGUACUCCUGCUCAGUUUGCGGCCAAAAGUUUGCGCGGAAUAGCCACUUGAAAAGUCACACACGGAUACACACCGGUGAGAAACCGUUCUCCUGCUCAAUUUGUGGCCAGGGGUUCACCGAAAGGGUAACCUUGAAGCGUCACGGGAGAACGCACACCGGCGAGAAACCGUUCUCCUGCUCAAUUUGCGGUCAGAACUUCUCGGGAAGGCCAACCUUAGAUCGUCACACAAGAACACAUACUGGGGAGAAACCUUUCUCCUGCUCAGUUUGCGGUCAAAGAUUCCCUUGGCGGGACGCGGCAACAAAGCACAACUGUGUCGGUGCGAAAAGCAGUGACCAAUGACGGCUUUGCUUGUAAUUAGGGGUCCACGAUAUCAAUUUUUCGAUACCGAUAUCGAUAACUUCCUCCUCCUCAAAGCCGACACCGAUAUCGAUAACCAAUAAUAGAUAUAUAAUUUUUCUAAAUGUAUAACCUGAGUUUUUGAACGCCUAGAGGUUUUUAAAAAAAAAAAAUUUUUUAAACUAGUGCUGGAUUCAACAUAGAUUUGCCUUUGAUCUCAUCAGAUUUUUUAUACUGACAUUAACCAUUUUAAAGGGAGUACUUAUUUCUCUCAACAAUACAAUAAAAUUUACACUGGUGGAAUAAAUUCCACAUUUUCUGGACAUAAAGUGUCUUUAGAAAUAAGACUUCUUUUAACCAAUAUACUUUGUUUUCACAGCGUUACCUCCCUUGUGUUACUCUUGGGAGUGACAGGUGGAAAUCACAACUGCUCUUGAUCACUUUUAACUUGUGGCGUUUAUUGCCGAGCACAUUAAAAAAAAACACUCUUAUUACAGCGCGCGCACUUUCUUCUCUCCCUGCCCUGUCGGCUCCCAGGCAGCAUUUGGAACAACAGAUUUCUGUACUAUUUCGCAUGUUUAUAGUGUUACCGCUGUACUUGCAUGUGAAAUACACGUUAGCUAAUUAGCUUAGCGCUCGGCACUAACUAUUAACAUCUCAAAAACAACAACAAUAAAGGCUAAACAGUGUACUCACCUCUUAUAGACGCACACAGGUCUUAGCAACAUGCUCAGGUUAUUUUUUAAUUGAAAUGCCUUAAAACUACUGCUGGACAUCUGAAAGACAAGGAGCAAAGAACUAUCUCUCUUCCCCUCUCGCUCGAAAGAAUAACUUGCCUGCCUGUCUCAUACACAAAUUUAUUUUCCAGUCUUUUAAAAAGGAGUAAAUCUCUCUCCCAGUAACUGGGAGCAUCCAUCAUAAGGUGCGUGUGUCCGUUAAAUGUGUCCGGGCGGCAGACAUGUCUUGAAUUUUGUUCCGCUACGAGCGGCUAUCAUAAAGUUGUGAGUGAAAAUCAUCGUUUUUGAACCUUUAUGAAUCGUAAUCGAAUCGUCACUGAUUGAUCACUUUGCAUGCCUAGCAGCCAUCGCUAUUGGCCUGCUCCAGACCAAUGAGAACGGGCCAAAAGCACUGCAGCAAUUUCAGCAUAGAAAUUCUGUUGAGUACAAUGGCUGCAUGCAAGACUUUUUGGCUUGAAAGUUUCGAGAGGUGGAGUUAAAGCGGCCAGUUUCAAUACCUCGAACCUGAUAAAACAUUUGAUGAUGAAACAUUUGGGGGCUGGACCAGAGCAACAAACCCCGGUCAGUUCACUUCGUCUACUUUCAUUGUCUUAUACUGAAAGAGUAUAAGACAAUAAUAAUACAAUAAUGCCCAAUACUUGGGCAUUGUCGUAGACCAGGAGGCACCAAGGUCUCACUGCAUCAGUCAUGUAAUUAUUUAUUUACCCAGACUUGAUUGUGAAAGAAUCAUAUUGUUUUAAUGAUAUCACUAUAUUUUAUUAUAUUUAUUUACACAUUUACAUUCUCUGUGCAUAUUUACAGGGCUAUAACCUACUUCACUGCUUUGCUAUUCAUCAACAAAAUAAUGACAUAAUCAACAAUAAACUGUGAGUACGAGUUAUAGCAGUGUGUUUUCUUUUGGAUCCCUAGUAGUAUAAUCAAUCAGGGAAUAGUAUCAUUUCUCAUAUUUACUGUAGGACUGUUUGUACGACUCUAACACAGCUAAUAUAAAAUAGCACUUACACCAUAGUUUAAUGAAAAGAAGCAGAAAAGAGGGCAUAAAAGAUACACAACGCCAUCUUAUCACAGAAGCCCAAUGCGUCAUGAGCAAGAUUGGCGCACCAACUCUUGCAAUCAGUUCUCCCGGGCACUCCAGGACAAAGAGCAGGGCGCUAUGUCCUAAAACAAGUAACAUCAUAGAACACCCUCGCCCAACCAGGAUAGCAAGUUGAUAGCGCGGGCGCCUUGGACGUCAAGACCUGCGUCGGUCGCCGUGGCAAUCACGUCCCAACCACGAAGGAUGACGCACGAACUUCGCUGCCACAGAGAGAUGAUCCCAAGACGACACCCAGCCACGUCUUCGGCCCGGUCCACUCCACCGCAGCUUUCAAAAAGAACUGAACAUUUAGGUAACACGGUCACUUCCCGGGAACAUUUCUGUGGCCGUUGUUUUGCCGACCCUGGAUCCAGCAUCACCCCUCCAUCGUCUGUUUGUGCCUUGUUUUUGACCAAUGUCGACGUAUGAAUUGCCAACCUGUUUUCGGUGAGCCUUCUUCAAUCUUUUGGAACAUGGAGUCAGUACAAAGGGUUAACACCGGAGUGAACGCACAGAAUUUUCGCCCUUCCGGCUUACUCACAGGAGCAGCAUUUCCGUUCGGCUAUUGCUGUUUCCGCGGCUUGGCCGGGGGGCCAUAUAUAUACAGUACAAAUAUACAAAUACAUACUACGUAUGUAUUGGAUUUUAAUUUUCUUUUGAUUUUCCCAGCGACGGUAAUAGUGGGGCUACCAGUUUCACCAAUGAGAUGUCGCAACAAUAAUCACAUGACUCCAUUUUAACAAUCAGAACUCAAGCUCGCCGCUCUCUGAUCACGCAUUGUCUUUAAAGCACCGUAAAAAAUUAAGCAAAUGACAUAGACUGCCGCCAUCAACAUGACCCGAAAGCGUGGAUUUUAACCUCUCUCCCAGUAUUUAUUUGGCACUGAUUGACCACGGAAAACCGGAGAUAGUAUACUUUUACUUUCAUAAUCGGAAAUAUGUUUUCUCCACUAGAGGGCACUCAUGAUCUUUGGAGGAAUAAAGAUUAAUUUUUUUUUUUUCAU